AAUAAUCCAAACAAACAACCCAGUUAAAGUACCAAACCCCCCCUUAAGAGACACUAAUAAAGAUUAAAGAGUAAAGGAGAAUCCUUAUUACGGAGCAAUUCCUUACUUUGCCUUCAUCGUAUUAGCCAAAACAAAAAAAGAAAAUGAAACGGUAUAAAACUGCCACAUAGAGCUUGUCCGUCCAGAAACAUCCAGAUAACUUAUGGCGUCGGUCACUCUUAUCACCACCACCGCAACCACCAGUAGCUCCGCCGCUUUCCUCGGAAACAAUGCCAAUUCGACUCGCUUCAACUUCACGCGCCGCCUCUUUUCGCCGCAUUUUAGUAGGCGGAGAAGCACCGCUGCGAACUUCGCCAUUGAAGCUAAGCUUGGAGAAACCCAGAAAACCUCUUUGCAAUUCAAUAAACUUGGCGACUCUGAUCUUCUCAUCAGUGAAAUUACCCUCGGCACUAUGACAUUUGGAGAACAAAAUAUGGAGAAAGAAGCUCAUGAUAUGCUUAGUUAUGCAUUUGAUCAGGGCAUCAACAUUUUAGACACUGCAGAAGCUUAUCCGAUCCCAAUGAAGAAGGAAACACAAGGAAGAACUGAUCUUUACAUCGGUAGCUGGUUGAAGUCUCAGCCCCGUGAUAAGGUUAUUAUAGCGACAAAAGUAUGUGGUUAUUCAGAGCGUUCCGGUUAUAUCCGUGACAAUGCAGAAGUAUUACGUGUUGAUGCUGCUAAUAUAAAGGAAAGUGUGGAGAAAAGUCUUAAGCGGCUCAACACUGACUAUAUUGAUUUAUUACAAAUUCAUUGGCCAGAUCGCUAUGCCCCUCUGUUUGGUGAAUUUUUGUAUGAUUACAACAAAUGGAGGGAAGGUGUGCCAUUUGAGGAGCAACUUAAGGCCUUGCAAGAAGUUAUUGAUGAAGGAAAGGUAUCGACAGCUUAUAGGAAGCAUGUGAGAGGUCAUUGCAUCUUGCAGACAUUCUCAUUUUCCUUGAGAUCCUGCCUUAAGCCCAUAACCGGCCCUAGAAAUUUUAAAAAGAAAACGGCAAAAGUUGGAGGACUUCCAAAGAUCGUGAGCAUUCAGAACUGCUACAAUCUACUCACUCGAUGUCGGUUUGAAGUUGACCUUGUUGAAGUUUGUCAUCCAAACAAUUGUAACAUUGGUCUGCUUGCCUAUUCUCCUUUGGGUGGCGGAAAUCUCUCUGGAAAAUAUUUGGAUCCUGAUUACGUAGCUGCUAAGAAAGGAAGGCUGAAUCUUUUCCCUGGUUAUAUGGAACGAUAUAUUAGCUCUUAUGCAAAGGUGGUAACUGCCAAGUAUGUUGAGCUGGCCAGCAAACAUGGUCUGUCUCCUGUGCAGCUAGCUCUUGCCUUUGUCAGGGAUCGUCCAUUCGUGACUAGUUCGAUCAUUGGUGCAACUUCAGUUGAUCAGCUUAAAGAAGACAUUGAUGCUUUUUUGACAGUUGAGAGGCCAUUGUCCCAGGAAGUAAUGCAAGAUAUUGAAUACAUUUUCAAGAGAAAUAAGGACCCUGCUAUUGACUAAUGAACAUCUUCAUCCGAGGUAUGGCGCUGCCCACUGUAGAGGGUUAAGAACCCCCAUGAGCUUGGUGAAUCGUGUGGCAAUUCUUAAUUCUCACUCGAAUCCCAUUCGUUGAUUGGGCAUUUUUACAUUCAAUUGUAUCAUAUGUUAUUCUCAAACGUUAUCAUUGGAAAAAACAUCCAAAUUUUGUUGUACAAUGAGAAUUAGAUACCAGUGUUCCAUCAUAUUAAAUAUUUAAAAUAGUAUCCAAAAAAAAAUUAUAUGUACAUAACUGUAUAUUACAAGUAGGGCUGUUCACACCCGUUCAGGUACCCGCUUUUACGGGUAGUCAAAUGCUCAGCCCAUGACCCGACCCGAUAAAUUCGGUAACGGGUACCUGAAAUUUUCGGGUCGAAUCAGAGGGUACCCGAAUUUAAAAUAAAAAAAAAAAACCUG